GCAAUUCGCCGUGUAUUAUUCUCUUUUGCUUGCUCGAUAAAAGUGAAAAUCUGCUUGAUUAUUACUAUCUGUAUGUAUGUACUUGCUUUUAUAUACACACAAAUACACGAAGAGGAGGCUUCGUAACCAGAAAGUCACACCAUCUACGCUUUCACGAUAAUUAUGCUUCAACUAGCUUGUUGUUGUUCGAGAGAGAUUGGGAGAGAUUGAGAGAGAGAAAGAGAAUCUGUACUAUUCUCAUCAACUGGAGAGAGAGAGAGAGUACUAUUCCGAGAAAGAGUAAAUCUAUACUAUUAGUAUCAUUAACUGUGUCUACUGCUGAAAGACGAAUUUUCUCGAUUUACGUGUAGCCGAUCGUCUUCCUUAUAUGAAUGCGGUUGAUUUUGAGAUAUUUUUUCGGAGACUCUAAUUUUGCGGAUUAAAAACAAUGCCAGGAGAAGAGGAACGAGCUAGAAGAUCUGAUUUUGAGAUUUCCGAGGACGAGAAAAAAAGAAUCCGGAUCAGAUCAUUAAAGAAGAAAGCAAUGAAUGCCUCCCAUAAAAUUUCACAUACUCUUAGGCGACGUAGUAGCAGAGUUGCUCAUUGUCGGUAUGCAUCAAUUUCCAUUGAUGAUUACCGUGAUGAAAAAGAAGAGAAGUCUGUGAAUGCAUUUCGCCAGUUAUUGAUUGAGAAAGACCUGCUCCCACCUCGUCAUGAUGAUUACCACACUAUAUUGAGAUUUUUGAAGGCCAGAAAGUUUGAUUUUGAUAAGACAAUCCAUAUGUGGGCAGAGAUGCUAAACUGGAGGAGAGAGAAUAGGGUCGACUCUAUCAUACAGGAUUUUGUAUAUGAUGAACAUGAAGAUGUUCAGAGAUAUUAUCCUCAUGGUUUCCAUGGUGUAGACCGAGGAGGACGGCCUGUUUAUAUUGAAAGACUUGGAAAAGUUGAACCUAGUAAGCUAAUGAGUGUGACCACAGUGGAUAGAUUUUUAAAGUAUCACGUUCAGGGGUUUGAGAAAACGUUUGCUGAGAAGUUUCCAGCUUGUUCAGUUGCAGCAAGGAGGCAUAUAGAUUCUACUACCACAAUACUGGACGUGCUGGGGAUGAACUGGAUGAGUUUUGGCAAAGUUGCACAUGAUCUUGUCAUGCGCAUGCAAAAAAUAGAUGGAGAAAACUAUCCUGAGACUUUAAAUCAGAUGUAUAUUGUUAAUGCUGGUAGCGGGUUCAAGUUUCUGUGGAAUACAGCAAAGGGAUUUCUUGAUCCAAGGACUACAGCAAAGAUACAUGUUUUGGGAAACAAAUUUCAGAAGCAGUUGUUUGAAGUUGUUGAACCAAGUCAAUUGCCAGUAUCUCUCGGGGGAACGUGCUUGUGCCCAAAUGAAGGUGGGUGUCUUAGAUCAGAAAAGGGACCAUGGAAUGAUCCAGAGUUGAUGAAGCUAGUACAUAUUGAAGAAGCAAUGUUUCUCGGAAAAUUUAGCAGUUCUUCUGAUGUUGAUGAAUUAGAAGCCAAAUCUACUCUUCGCGAGCAUCAGAGUUCAGAAAUUGUUUCUGCUGAUUCAGGAUCAGAAGCGAGAUUCCCAGCUUCUGGUAUCAUGCAGCCUAGCAUUCAUUCUGAAGAAACAAGAGAUUCUACAUGUGUCCAUGAUCUAGUGGAAAAAUCUUCUCGGAUGUCAAUACAUGUGAAUCCAACAACUACUUUGAUUAGUCAUGUUGGACAAGAAAGGGUGUUGAAGAAGUGCAUUACGAGUAUAGUUGACCACAUAUGCAAAUUUUUGGUGUGUAUAUAUUUUAUACUACUUGGUAUGGGCAAGUAUAUUGUAAAGAAAGAUGAGGAGAAAUGCGAAAGCGAAUCAGAACUUUCAUUGGAAAAUCAGUCCCAUCAGAUUCCACAAGCUAAAGAAGAGGACCAUCUUGAUCCAUGCUGGAACAGAUUAAAAAAUUUAGAGUCAUUGGUGACUGAGCUGGUCAAUAAGCCUACAAGCAUGCCUCCUGAGAAGGAUGACAUACUACUUGAGUCACUUAAUCGUAUAAAAUCAAUUGAAUAUGACCUGCAAAAGACAAAGAAAGCAUUACUUGCAACAGCUUCAAAACAAAUGGAACUUGCAGAGUCAAUGGAAAGUUUAAGAGAAAACAACAUAAACGGGACAAACUCAUGUUGGUCAAGAAGUUCCAAGUCUUUUCAACAUUGAAAAGAGACGUUACUAAGUUUUACAAACUUUUUCAUAUGAAAGAAUAUCAUACCAACAGCGGCUCUCAAGGCUUUUGCCAUUGUUUUAAACGAAGUUCGUCUUCAGAGAAUUUUAGCCAAAAGACUACAUGGACACUGACCCUAGGUGAAAUUUAUAUUUUCUUGCUGACGAUUGACGUGGGGUUUUUUCUCUUGGACACAAUUGACCAAGUAUUUGUUCUUUUACAUAGCAUUUUGGUAAUGAGAUGGUUAUGAAGGAGCUGGAAUCUGGUUGAUCUGUUGAGAAUUAGUACCCCACUGAAACUGUUAAUAAGAGCUGGAAUCUGAUUGAUGUCAUUGAAGACUUGUGAUUGUGUUUUUUGGAUAAACAUUUUUCUUAUUAAUGUUACAUUGUACAUACCAAGGUAUAUAUUUAUUAAGGUUUUUCAUUUGAGAUUA